AUGGCGUCUUUCUUCGGUUCCAUCGUGAAGUCCAUCAUUUUGCCGAAGCCCAUCCCGAGCUACGACACGAGCGACCACCUUGGCAAGCUGCUUCACAUCCCGCGGGUGGACUGGCGAACGCGAAAGGAGAAUGGCAGCUUCACCUACGGGCUUCUGCUGCUUGACUCGACUGCGAAGUACAUUGUCAUUUAUGCUCACACGAAUGCCGUCGACAUGGCCAUGAUGGUGGGCGAGCUUUCGUACUUUAGUAAGCGUGCCUCCGCCUCGGUGCUGCUCUUCGAGUACACCGGAUACGGCAUCUCACACGGCGACACAACGGAAACAUCCAUGAAGGAGGAUAUGCUUUCGGCGUACUGCUACGUCGCUCGCCAGCUGCGAGUGCCACCCAACCGAAUUGUGCUCAUGGGUCGUUCCAUUGGAACGGGUCCUGCCGCACAGCUGUGCGCGGAGUUGCAGGAGGAGAGCGAGGUCCCUGCCUUGCUGGUGUUGCAGUCCCCGUUUACGUCGCUAAAGGAGUGCGCCAACGAGAUUACGCGAAAUGUCGGCUCCAUUGUGAGCUUUCUAGGUUACGACUGGUUUCGCACCAUCGAUGUGAUUGCGCAGGUUCGUUGCCCAGUGAUUAUUCAGCACGGUGUUCUUGACGACGUGGUACCGUUCGAACACGCCGAGCGACUGAAGCGCGCCAUUGAGGAUGCCGAGACUCCCGGAUUAGUUGAACUGUACAUGGAGAAAGUAUGCAAGCACAAUGAUCUUCCCAUAGCAAGCAUGGCACGUAUCGUUGACAGGAAGUUGCGAGGGUUUGGAAAGGAGCGGUGCCUCCAGAUCAGAUGUCGAGCUUACUUGACUGUAAACCCACCCAUCUAUGAGUAUCUUUUUUGCAACAACGGGAAGCGAAUUGCAACGUUGGAUGCCUUGCUGCAGCACUGGAAUGAGACGCUAGCAAUCGGCUUAUUCGCCUACAGACGAGAAAAGUUGUACAUUCUGCUUGUUGCCAGCGUGGCACUCUUUGCGAUGCGGUGCGCGCAGGUGUGGCAGUGCUACACGGGGAACUGGAAGCGGCAGCACAGCGGGGAGGGGGGCGGUGAUGGCUCUCACUGCAGCAAGGAGGACAUCAUCAACCGGUACUUGGGCUGCUGCGGAAGUCCGCUCGGCGUCUUCCUUGGGGUAGAGGGCACACCGCCGCUACACAAGUUUUUCGGCGUCAAUGUGGCGGCAGGGGCAACACAGGGAGGGGAUAGUAACGCUACCGCUGCAUGCAUGGUCUACGAGGACCAGACCACGUACUUAAGUGUGGCAGAGUUGGAGUUUACACCUGGCCUGAUGAAGAGUGUUGUUGCAGCGAUCUCCACAGCUCCCACCCUCACCGACGCAGCGGGGUCAGGGACACAGGUUUUUCUUCAGCAGUGUGUCGUGACACGAAUACAGACCGAGUGUGAACGCCUGGUGGCCUUUCUUGACGACGGCGAGUGGAAUAAUUUGCUUUUUCUACUGCUCAACUUUGACGCGACGGCUGCCACGUACCUAAGCAGCAAAGCACUGCACUUCUACAAUGAAUUUACCUCCCCGGUGGGUGGUGCGGGUAAGCCGCACGAAAACAAGGAGUCCAUCUCGGAUGUUAAGGAGUGGCUGCAGCCAUGGAUUGCGACCCCGAACGCACAGACCUGCCUCGGCGGGGAGGUGCCGUGGGAUUACUACCUGUUUAAGGCACGCGUGUGUGUGCAGGAGGACUAUCAGCUGCGGCCAUACAUGUGCUGGGCGGAGGCAAAACGCGUUAUGGACGCCUGGCUGGUGGUGGCGGAAAUCUACCGCUUAUUUACGACGCACUCGCGUCGCUGUCUUCGUCCCGCGUUUACUUACACCUGA